AUGGCGCCUGGUGUCUUCAUAACCUGCCCCGAUAUCAUGGAACCGUUUUCGCUCAAAGACAGCGACUGGGAUUUUGAAAAAACCCCUGGGAUAACAGCAAUAGCUCAUCCGUCGCCUAUUGAGAUUGGUACCACGCACGGUGUAUUCAUCCUGGCCGAGAAACCUCACGUAAAUUGUGCAAACCAUUCCGAACUACCCUCUGUAACACAAUCGACUUGCAUUCAAUUUUUACACAAACCUUCGAAGGAACGAAUGCACGAUGCGAACGCUGUUUUUUUAAUUGCAAACGACGAAUAUGUGUAUACCGAUGGGGAAUUUUACAUGGAUUGGGCUACCACUGCAAAGCUGGUUAAACUCUACCAGAAAUUAUCACCAUUAGGUUGUGAGAUUGAUGCUUUUGGCGACUUCCUUCAAGCCCUCGGAGAAAACAGCAAUAAGGAAUAUUGUAAGAAUGUUGCGAAUGUCGUGCAAGUUGUUCCCAAGCUUGUGGAAACACGGGAGAAGUUUUAUGAUGAGCUGCAGGGAACCCAGUUUAAUGUUCUGCUGUUUAAUAAAUCGAAGUUUUAUCACAUUGGAACCAUGACUGAGUACAUUGAGGCAUUUUGUGAUAAUUUAGUUAUGAG